UCUGAGUCUCCUGGUUCCUGUCUGGCAGAGGGUGAGCAGACAUCCUUGUCUUCUCCAGUUUGGGGCCCCAAAUCUCCAUGGCAACCCUUAGACACAAUUCUAAUCCAAAGUUGGAAGACCUGGGACGGGGAGCCCAAAACACGGUGAAGGGACUUGAGGGGCCUCUCUGCUCCGUUUGCCUCGUGUUCACUUCCUGGAGCAGCCAGGGCCUGCACCCCAGUCUCCCCACAGACCCCCAAAGGAGAUUGCUCAGGUCUGGCCCUCGCUGGGCACAGAUCCAGGAUGGCUUUCCUUGAGCAGCUGCCCCAAAGGCUGCUUCUGCUGGGGACAGCUGCCUUGACUGUGUCUGCCCUUGGGACAGCGGAUCUGACGGACCUGUGCGGACAGAUGUGGCAGGGGGACGCGCUGCAGCUGCGCUCACAUUCCGCUUCACGCAAGUUCUACUUCGUGACUCCGGACACUGACUGCCUGCUGUGGCUGCGUGCCGCGGCCCCAGAAGACAGGAUGAGCUUCCAGUUCCGCUUCUUCCUGGUUUACAGCCUGUUCUCUGCCAUCCCAACCACCUCAGCCACUCGAGCAGCCUCUGCCGAAGCCACCCUGGUCCCCAACGCAUCACUCCCCGACCCGUGCGCACAGGGCUCCUACCUGCAGUUCUACGAUGGCCCGCAGGAGGCGCCUCGGGCCCUGGGACCACCGACCUGCGGUCUGACCAUCCCUGCCCCAUUUAUGUCUUCUGGGCCCUGGCUUGGCCUGCGCCUGGUCACCAGAGGCCACCAACCUCGCGUUGACUUUUUGGGCGUGGUCACCUCUUUCCGCCUGGGGUCCUGCGGCACCUACUUCCGCUGCCGGAAUGGCAGAUGUGUGCCUCGGAGCCUGCUGUGUGAUGCUUGGGACAUGGACAACUGUGGCGAUGGCAGUGACCAGGACUCCAACCCUCCAGCCAGCUGCAGAGGUCCCUCUCUGGUACCCAAGCAGACCUGGAGAAUGGAAGACGGCAGUUCAAAGCCUCUGACUCACCUUGUGGCUCUCAGCUCUGAGGCUGAGUGGACCUCUCCAGCAGGCCUGGCACCCAUCACACAGGAAGUGUUGGAAGGUCCCUGGCUCUGGUGGGUGGCUCUGGCCUCCUUGAUACUAGUGACCUUCACUGGCCUCCUCUGGUGCUGCUGCUGCCCAGGUUGGCUGGUCUGGCACCCGGGUGGCCACAGGCUCCACUUCAGAAGCUGCACAGCCUGCAAUGCUUGCCACCUAUGUCCUGGCCGGGUGGCUCCUGGGGGUCUGUGGCUGAGCUGGCCAGCCUUCCAGAACCAAGGAGGCCAUCUUUAGGGGGCUGUAGUUACCAGCUGAGUAGGCUCUUGCUCUGACAGGCCUGGGUUUUAAGUUCUGUUAGCUGGCUGACUUGGAACAGGUCACUCAGUUCUUUGAAUCUCAGUCUGCCUCUCUGGGAAAUGGGCCCAAGUCUUGUUUCAGAAA